GCAGCUGCCGCCGGCGACUCCAGGGCUCCAGGCUGCGGGGCGGACGCAGCGCCGAGCGAUCCACCGCGGAGCCGCGCGAGGCCGCCCGAGCCCCAGCCCCGAGCCCCGAGCCCGGAGCGAGCGCCGCGGCCGCCUCGCGCCAGUCGGUCCCUGGACGCGCCGCCGCCGCCGCCACCGCCGGGAAGGCAGCGGGCGCCCAGCAAGUUGCGAGCGCGCCUCUCCGCCCAGGGGAAAGUUUCCCCCGCGGCCGCCGACGCGAGUUGGCGCGGGGUCCGGCCGCUGCGACUGGAAGAGUUUAUCCUGAAGCCACCAUCAGAAAGAGACCUCAGGAGAAUCUUGACACCCCAGACAGGAGAAGACACCAGUUGAAAAAGGAGGAAAGAUCAUUUGUGCUCUAUAAGUGAGGAAACUGAGGCGAAGGGUACUUAGACCAGGGAUCACUCGAAUUCCGACUUGGACCAAGGAGCUAAUGCAAAUAAGUGGGCAUCUCCUUGACAGCCGGGGCUUGCAGGGACCAGACCUUCCGACACUGUCAACAAAGCAACGUGAACCCUUUGCAUUUGAACUCCUAAAAGCGUGGGCACAAUCUUUUUCCAGACUUCUCAACACCGGCUACCCAGGACAAGCUGGACCAAUAAGGGAGACUGACCAGGAGACGCUGUCCUGCUGACGUCGGAAGAACUGUCCAGCAGGAUCACCAUGGAAGGCGACUGUCUGAGCUGCAUGAAGUAUCUGAUGUUCGUGUUCAAUUUCUUCAUAUUUCUGGGCGGGGCCUGCUUGCUGGGCAUCGGCAUCUGGGUCAUGGUGGACCCCACCGGCUUCCGGGAGAUCGUGGCCGCCAACCCCCUGCUCAUCACGGGCGCCUACAUCCUCCUGGCCAUGGGGGGCCUGCUUUUUCUGCUUGGCUUCCUGGGCUGCUGCGGGGCCGUCCGGGAGAACAAGUGUCUGCUGCUGUUUUUCUUCUUGUUCAUCCUGAUCAUCUUCUUGGCAGAGCUCUCAGCAGCCAUCCUGGCCUUCAUCUUCAGGGGAAAUCUCACCCGUGAAUUCUUCACCAAGGAGCUCACCAAGCACUACCAGGGCAACAACGACACGGACGUCUUCUCCGCCACCUGGAACUCUGUCAUGAUCACGUUUGGUUGCUGUGGGGUCAACGGGCCUGAAGACUUUAAGUAUGCAUCAGUUUUCCGACUCCUGACUUUGGACAGUGAUGAGGUGCCGGAGGCCUGCUGCCGGAGAGAACCCCAGAGUCGGGACGGGGUCCUGCUGAGCAGAGAGGAAUGCCUCCUGGGAAGGGACCUGUUCCUGAACAAGCAGGGCUGUUACACGGUGAUCCUCAACGCCUUCGAGACUUACGUCUACCUGGCCGGAGCCCUGGCCAUAGGGGUGCUGGCCAUUGAGCUUUUUGCCAUGAUCUUUGCCAUGUGCCUCUUCCGGGGCAUCCAGUAGAGGGUGUGGCCUGAAGCUUGAAGACUCACCCCGCCCACCACUGCCCAGCGCCCAACGCCCUCCCCUCCCCCGUACCCCUGCCCUCUUGGCCCCGGGGGAGGAGGUGAGGCCAGCCUGAGUGGCCAGGAAAAGGGGCAGAGGAAAAUAGCUAUUUUUUUAACAAAACAAAAUGAAGACAAAACUAUGGACUGAUACAGCCCGUCUGGACUCGGAGUGGGCGCCGCAGGUUCUCUGCAUGGACCCGCGCACCCAGGAGGCAGUCUGCACUGGAGACCAAAGCAAUCAGGUCCCCUCCUCGGCCCAACCAGAUCCGGUAGCCAGGGACCCGGGCUUCAGGACUGGGUGCCAAGAACGUAAGGAUGUAGGCAAGAAGGAAGCAAAAGGAGAUGGUGGAGGAAGACUGGCGAAGCCCAGGGGCCCCCAGGAGACCUGGUCACCACGUCCUCGAGGAUUUGAAACCUCUUCGGAAUACCUGGUCCCCCCAAGAUGGAGUUGUCCUGCCUCAGGCUGGGGCCGAGAUUAGAAUCCAGACACUGGAUCGAAGAAUGUCCCAGCCGGUAGGGUCCACGCUUCCCCAUCUGUUGGACCAAAGAAUCUGGAAAGUCCAGAGAGGGGCAGUUUCUCAUCCACAGUCACGCAGCACAUGCAUGGCUGUUCCGAACAAGAACCCCGUCUCCCCGAGGCUGCCUGUCGCCCCUCCCAGGGUCUGCUGGUCCCAGCAGAUCAGCUGUUCUCACGGCUCCCUGGCCUCCAUGUCCUGGUUUCCCCAGAAGAGAGAGGGAAAGCUGCUCAGGAGUUGCCUCCUCCCAGCUCCACAGCUAAGAAUGUUCUGGGCUCUACCCUCCCUGCUCUCCACACCCCCACCUCCCCACACUCUUCUCUAAGUCCCAGGAACACACACACACACACAUCACAGCCCCUUUUCCACACUGCCCACCUUUCCUCACAAGGCCCUCCCUGGUCUCCACCAACUCCCUGGCUCCCAGGGCUGGAAGGAACCCCCAGGAUCAUCUGGCUCGCCUCUCCUCACUCAGAAUUGCCACUUGGAUGCCUUCCACAAGAUCCCUGCCAAGACUUCUCCAUCUUCUUGCACACCUCCAAGGACAGGGAGCUCACUACCUCCCAAGACAGGCUUCUCUUUGGACUGCUCUGACUUUAGCAUCAGCUUAAUACACGGAAGAGGUUUCUGUUUUUCUGUGGUUCUCUCCAUGUCAUGCCACUUGUUCUCUCUCUCUGUCCCAAAGUGUGAAGGCCACACAUGGUCCGCUCCGCCGCCCCACCCCGAGCCCCUUUACCCUCAGGCUGAAGAACCCCAGACCACCUCGUCAGUUUUGCUCUGACAUCGUUUUCCGGUCCCUUCACCGUCUGUAGCACACACUUCUGAGUGUUUCCUCAAGGAUCUGGCAGGGGGAGGUUUCCUCACAGACUCACCCACACCUACACAGCACCCACAGAUCAGCCCCUUACAUAUGCAGGUCUCGAAUUCUAGAGCAGUGUUUGCAACUGCAUUGCAAGAUGUCUCAACCCUGACCAGUCAGGAGUGGCAGCUGUGCAGAGGACCUGAGCUCUGGUCUGGGCUCAGUGGGCAAGGACAGUGUGAUCUUGAUUAGUAAUGUCUGCCAAGCAACUCGGGCUGGAUUGGUGAUGUCUGCCAUAGGCAUGGGAGUGGAAGGGGUGGUAUGUUGCCUGCUCUCCUCCUAUCAUUGUCCCUCCUUGGGGUCUGGGAAGGACCCAUUCUGUCUCACAGGCCCUAUGCCAACUUCCAGCCUCCCCUCCAGCCUUCCAGCCUCCAGGAGACAGAGCAGCAGCCUAGAGCUCAUGCCCCCCUGCUCUGCCACCUGAUACCACCAGAGCUUGGUCCCUGCUGUAAAGACUUGGUUUGACCCUCCCCUUAUUGCUGCCUUCCCCCCUUGCACCCUUCCCGCUGUCCUCUCUGGUCUGAAUCUUUCCAUAGUGCUCCUGUAUCUGGCUGCCCUGGAACCUCCAUAAAGAUGUUAUGAACUCCCUAGAGACCGGGCAUCCCCAGGACCCCGGAGGCCAUGCAGCUGGGACCCCAGAGGGGUCUCUAGACCCACUUGGCUCCAACUUCCUGGCAGAGGCAAAGGGCUGGUAGGAGGUGGACAAAAAAAAAAAAGAGGCUGAUUAAGCAGGGGUUAGAGUCAAUUUGGACAACUGUGUGGCUUCAGUUUAGGGGUACCCUAGGCAUCAGGGCCCCAUCCAGUCCCCACUGCCCAGGAGAAUUUGGGGCCUUCAAGGUAAGAAGAACCAGGCAUCAGGCACCACCCCCCACCCCCAGGCUCCUGAGAUGAAAGGCUGGUCUUGGAGGAACACCUGGGGGAGAUGGGUUUGAGGGUGGAUGUGAGAGCCUCUCAUCACGAAGCGCUUUCCAGAAAGGGUCAAGGAGCCUGGAUCUUCCCCCACCAACUACAUUCUGGGGUUGGAAAGGGGAAGCAGGCCUCUGCUCUGUAGCAUUAUCGCAGGCUGGCGGCUAUUUGCAAGGCUGUCUGCGACCAUUCUGAACAGGCCUGAGAAGGCAAAGCCCAGCCCCAACAGCCCUCAAUGGGUACAAAUGGCAAUUUGGGGGCUACUGGGGUGGGAGUAGGGCUUCCUAGGUGGCACUGAUUGAUGGUAAAGAAGCUGCCAGCCAACGCAGGAGAUGUAAGAGAUACGGGUUUGAUCCCUGGGUUGAGAAGAUUCCCUGGAGGAUGGCAUGGCAACCCACUCAGCAUUCUUGUCUGGAGAAUCCCAUGGACAGAGGAGCCUGGCUGGCUACAGUCUAUAGGGUCAUAGAAUCGGGACACGACUGAAGCAACUUAGCACGCACGCACGGGGUGGAGCAGGGCAGGGCCGGGCAUGAAGUCUUUGCUGAGACUUCCUGAGCCUGAAAAUAAAACCAGGAACCAGGGAGACCUUGCAGUUGGUCACAUACCUUGCCCAGUACUGAAGGCCACCUUCCUGCUUAGGGACCGGGGGCUGGGACCCUGCCCAGCAUCCCAUAUCUCUCCUCUCCUCUCCAUGCCUUAGAAGCCCAGACAGGAUCCUCCAAGCCAGCUGAGGCCCCAACCCCCCACCUCCCUAGAAGACCGUUGUCCCUCCCCUGGUGGGUCCUAUUAAGUCUAUUUUGGAAACUGUACAUGUUCCCUGCCGUAGGUAGCAGAGCUAAUUUAUCAUGUUUAUCCCCCGUGAGCCUCCCUUUUUUAUAUUAUCUAUCAAGAGGAGUUUUUGUAAUAUAAAACAGGACGCCCACACUGAUGGUUUUGCACUGGUUUUUGUGACUGUUUCUUACAAAAAGAAAAAGGAACGAAGAAUAAAUAGUGACCGUGA